ACCAAUUAGGAAGACAAAACUGAAGUCUAGCUUUCUGAAGAAGUUUCUUGUUCUCUACUGCUAUAUAAGUCUUUUUCAUCUAGCUUCUUCUUAUCUUCUGGGAAAACGAUCGAAUUCAUAAUUAAGGACCAAAGCAGACAUGGGAAGCGUCACUGAAGAAGAGCUGUUUCAAAUGGUGAGGGACUUCAUUGAAUCUUCAGAAUCAAGUUCUGACUCAUUAUCUUCUCCCAAAUCUCCUCGUCAAUCCAAGUCAAUAACUCUACAGGAGAUGUUAUGGAAUGCAACAGAUCAUGAGGAUGAGAUUCUUGACAAAAUCUCAUUUUAUCUGAGGGACAUAGGGAGUAUGAUUGAUGAACCCAAGCAUCUGAAGAACAAAUGGGUUGUGAUGAAACUGAAAAUGGAUGGUUAUCAAGCUUCUCUUUGUAAAACUUCAUGGGUUUCUUCUAUUAAACUCCCGAAAGUUCGCAAAUUUACAGAUGACUAUGAAUAUGUUGAUGUCAUGAUGAACGACAAGAACUCCCUCGAGAUGACAAGGCUAAUAGUGGACAUUGAUUUCAAGUCACAAUUUGAGGUUGCGAGACCAACACCAAGCUACAAAGAGCUCAAAGACAUAUUGCCAGACAUUUUUGUAGGAAAUGAAGAGAAGCUUGACAAAGUCAUAUCUCUGGUUUGCACAGCCGCAAAGAAGUCCCUCAAGAAAAUGGGACUUCAUGUUCCUCCAUGGAGAAAAGCCACCUACAUGCAAUCCAAGUGGCUCUCCAAAGAUUGCAAGAAAAUCUCAAUCUCACCCACCAACAUGGAACUGGGUAUUUUCUCCGAUUACACUAGUUAGGAAAUGGGGCAAUUUUAUUAAGCUCUAGAUAGGUGGACGAGAUGGUAAAAAAAAAAUGGUGAUUUAGAAACCCUUUUCAGUUUAUCCUAAAUUCCUAAUGUGUUACCAUCUUGUCCCGUUCGUUUUUUUUUCCUUUAACUUGAGGUGAAUUUUUGUGCUGGCAGACCUGAAAGUUUUGUAUUAUUCAAGCCAACUUCUUGUCUUUAAACAAGACAUUCUUA